CGGCCUUGGUUUGAAGGUCUAGAUGCGCCAACAAAAAACGAGUCACGGUAUCGCGCAUGUCGGCGGUGCUCGAUGCCUCUUAUAUAAGACUGCCAGAGCUGCCCAGGGUGGUUGUAAUUUCGCAAUCCACGGAUCGCAAUGCGCGCGUCUCCCGCUGUCCAACUCGCCCGUGACAAACGUCGCGUCCAACGACAUUCGAUGCAACGCCAACUCCGGCCCCGUCGGCCGCAAGUGUGCCGUCAACGCCGGCUCGACGGUCACGGUCGAGAUGCACCAGCAGAACGGCGACCGGUCGUGCAGCAACGAGGCUAUCGGCGGAGCCCACUACGGCCCCGUGGCCGUCUACCUAAGCAAGGUCGACAACGCCGCAACCAGCGACGGCUCCGGUGGGUGGUUCAAGAUCUUUGAGGACUCGUGGGCCAAGAAGUCCGGCAGCGGGUCAGGCGAUGAUGACUACUGGGGAACCAAGGACCUCAACACCUGCUGCGGCAAGAUGAACGUCAAGAUCCCCUCCGACAUCGCCUCGGGAGACUACCUGCUCCGCGCCGAGGCGCUCGCCCUCCACGCCGCCGGAUCCUCGGGCGGUGGCCAGUUCUACAUCACGUGCUACCAAAUCACCGUCGCGGGCUCCGGGUCCGCCAGCCCUGCCACCGUGCGCUUCCCCGGCGCCUUUGCUCAGAACCACCCGGGCAUCCUAGUCAACAUUCACUCGGCCAUGUCGGGCUACAGCAUGCCCGGCCCGGCCGUGUACAGUGGCGGGACCACCAAGGCGGCCGGCAGCGCCUGCGCCGGCUGCGAGAGCACCUGUAAGGUCGGCAGCAGCCCGGUCGGCACCGCGCCCAGCACGCCGCAGCCGUCGAGCCCGGCGGGUGGGGGCGGUGGGGGCGGCGGCGGCGGUGGUAGUGGGUGCACGGUUGCCAAGUACCAGCAGUGUGGCGGUCAGGGCUACACGGGCUGCACUACAUGUGCCGCCGGUUCAACAUGCAAGGACGUGUCGCCUCCUUUCUACUCGCAAUGUAGCUAA